AAGACUGAGAAGCUGACAAAGAGAAGCGAAAACGUCAAACGCCACCGAAUCCUCCAUCUCUGUCUCUAUCUAAUCUGAAGAAAUUAUUAUCUGGCGGUUGUUCCUUCUCUCCGGCGGGUGUCGUACUCUCAACUGCGCCGAAUUUAUCCGCCUCUCCUCGCCGAUCUUUCAUUAAAUGGCGUCUUGAUUAGUUUGUGAUACAGGGGCUUCGUUGAGGUUUCUGUGAUAGUAGAAGCUGUUUGAUCAUAUGAAGUGGUUACUCGGUUCUUGGGGUGGUGAUUCAGAUGCACAGUUGCUGGUGAAUUUUGGUGAAUUGACUUCUUUUACUCAUAGGCUUGUCAUUGUAUUCCGUUGGACUUCUGCAGAGAUAAUAGAGGCAGGCUACUAUGGCUGAGGGAGAUGAGCACCUUGAACUUAAGUUCAGAAUUUUUGAUGGGACAGAUAUAGGUCAUGGAACCUACUCAUCGUCCAUUACUGUAGCUACUCUUAAGCAAAGGCUUCUUGCGGAGUGGCCUCAAGAUAAAUCAGUUGUACCAAAGUCGGUGAGUGAUAUGAAACUAAUCCAUGCUGGAAAAGUUUUGGAGAACGGAAAGACACUUGCAGAGUCUAGAGUACACAUUGGUGAUCUUCCUGGUGGAGUUAUUACUAUGCAUGUUGUUGUACAGCCUGCUGUUGCUAAAAAGAAGACAGAUAAGAACCAUUCUGAGAAACAAAAACAGAACUUGUGUUCCUGCGCUAUCCUGUAGAUUCAGGUGUCACGAGCAGCGUGCUGACGAGGCCAACUUCUCAUGCUUUUUACUUUCCUCAAAAACAUUAGAGCACUAUAACAAUGAUGACGAAGCUUCUUUAAGUGAAGAAAUGAAGUGGUAUCUAAAAUUUGAAGCAUCGUCUUCUUCCUUGUAAUCUAUUUUUGCCAUGUUCUGAUUGUUUUACAAAGUGGAUAUAGAUCUGUCUCCAAUUGGCGUUUCUAGUUUCUUUCUGGAGUUGAGAGGUUCCUCAGUGUUGAGAUUGA